AAUCUAUAGGAAUUAUGUAGCUUUAGAGGUCAUCAUUCAUUCCUGUAUGUGUUUUUUGUGCAGAGAGAGCAUCAUUCUAGUCGUAUAAUAUCAUGUAAUGCUACGAGGAUAUAUGAUGGUGUCCUGGGAAGCAAAAUAGGGAGAGUUGAUUUAGAGAUGAUCAUUUUCAGAUAUGAUAGCUUUAAAAUUGUGGUUGAUUGCAGCAAAUGUAUUUGGUAAGCCAAAAACAAACACAGACUACUUGCCAUACAAUGGGGAUGGGUUCAAGCUGUCAAUUCCAUCAAAAUGGAACCCAAGCAAAGAGGUUGAGUACCCAGGUCAAGUCCUGAGAUACGAGGAUAACUUCGACUCUAACAGCAAUGUUACUGUCAUGGUCACUUCAACUGACAAGAAGUCCAUAACUGACUUCGGUUCCCCUGAGCAAUUCCUCGCAAAUGUGGACUAUCUGCUUGGCAAACAAACAUACGCUGGUGUAACUGAUGCUGAGGGUGGUUUUGAAUCCAACGCCGUGGCAACCGCAAACAUAUUGGAGAGUUCAACUCCUGUCAUUGGUGGGACACAGUACUACAACCUGUCCGUGCUGACAAGAACUGCUGAUGGAGAUGAAGGUGGCAAGCACCAAUUAAUUACGGCUACUGUAAAGAAUGGCAAGCUAUACAUUUGCAAGGCACAAGCUGGAGACAAGAGGUGGUUUAAGGGAGCUAGAAAGUUUGUGGAGAGCACUGCGAGUUCCUUCAGCGUCGCUUAAAAACUACUUAAGCAGAAAUUUUAUGUAAAUCUUCUUAGCAGCUAUGAUGUUUGGCUUUGAGUUUGUUCUAUCAUCCACUCCCUCCAAGGCUUCUCUUUUCUAUUUUUGUCUUUCUGGGGAAACUUGUGGAUAUCUUAAUAUUUCUUGUCACAUAAAUUAAGAAUGAACCCUUCUGCUAUAUUACCUCU